AUGGUGGAAGAUACUAGCUUAAAUUCUAAUAAAUCUAAGACAAAAACUGCACGACCAAAGGCUGUGUAUCUUUGGACAGAAGCAGAUGUGCAGAAAUGGCUACGUCGACAUUGUAGUGACUACUAUAACCUGUACUGGGAGAAGUUUCACGAGCAUGACAUAACAGGUCGAGCUUUAGUCCGUAUUAAUGACAAUACUCUUCUUCGUAUGGGUAUAACAAACCAAGAACACAGGGAAGCAAUAUGGCGGGAGAUACUAAAGUUGAGGCUAAAGACUGACAUUGUGGAGAUAAGAGACUUGGAAAGGAGGCACAAUUACUUUAACUUUAAUUUAUAA